CUUGUCUCUUUCUUCCCGCUGAGCUUUCCACGUCACCUCACUCUCGGCUACACUUUUCGCGUCACUCUCCUAUACAUCUGUUAGACUACUUCAAACAUGGCCGACACGGCUAUGUCGAUGCCGCAGAACAUGGGCGGCUCUAUGGGCCAGUCAUUGUAUGAGAACGGCUCGUCAGCUGGUCAUAUGCCACCACCAGCGCAGCCGCCGCUCAAUCUCAACAUCCCACAGAACAACAACAAUGUCGCCGGCGCACUCAGCGCUUCUGCGCCAUCGGCGGGCAUUCUUUCACCGGGCAGCGCAAGCAGCUUCGCCCGACGUGCCGCUCCGGAACCGAACAAAAGAGCGCUAUAUGUUGGUGGGCUCGAUCCACGCGUUACGGAAGAUGUCUUGAAGCAGAUCUUCGAGACGACUGGUCACGUGCAGAGCGUCAAGAUCAUCCCGGACAAAAAUUUCCAGUCUAAAGGCUACAAUUACGGCUUCGUUGAGUACGACGACCCGCAAUGCGCCGAGCGGGCCAUGCAGACCCUCAAUGGUCGACGCGUGCAUCAACAAGAGAUCCGCGUUAACUGGGCCUACCAGUCCAACACCAUUUCCAAGGAAGACACAUCCAACCACUUUCACAUCUUCGUUGGUGAUCUAUCGAAUGAAGUCAAUGACGAAGUCCUCCUCCAGGCUUUCUCCGCUUUCGGCACCGUCUCCGAAGCUCGCGUGAUGUGGGAUAUGAAGACUGGUCGGUCGCGCGGCUACGGUUUCGUCUCUUUCCGUGACCGCGGCGACGCGGAGAAGGCCCUCAGCUCAAUGGACGGCGAGUGGCUAGGCUCGCGUGCCAUCAGGUGCAAUUGGGCAAACCAGAAAGGUCAGCCGUCUUAUUCGCAGGCCCAGGCCAUGGUACAGAUGGGCAUGACCCCGACUACACCGUACGGUCAUCACACAUUCCCCACUCAGGGCGCACAGUCCUUCGAGAUGAUUGUGCAGCAGACUCCGCAGUGGCAGACUACCUGCUAUGUUGGUAACCUUACACCUUACACCACCCAGAAUGACCUCGUACCGCUCUUCCAGAACUUUGGCUACGUCACCGAAACACGCUUCCACUCGGAUCGCGGCUUCGCGUUCGUCAAGAUGGACACGCACGAAAAUGCUGCCAAUGCCAUCUGCCAGCUGAGUGGCUACAACGUCAAUGGCCGUCCGCUCAAGUGCAGCUGGGGCAAGGACCGCCCGCCUACUGGACAGUUCGACGGUUACUCACCAGCUCCGCCGCAGUCCGCCUUCCCGCCAACUCCGCAGACGUACUUCCCGCAGUACGGUCAGCCAAAUCCCAUGUCCCCGCCACCCAGCGGAUUCGCUCCGCAUCCAAACCCAGGCGGCUGGGCAAGCUCGCAAAUGACGCCUCAGACUAUGCAGCCGCCACCAGGCAGCUGGCCGACCGCCAUGCCACCGAGUGCGGGCGGCUAUGCUGGCAGUCACACCCCGGGCGGCUUCCCGCAGCCUCAGGUCGCUGCUCCGUUCGCUCGCGGCUAUGGCGGUUAUCAAGGCUAGGAGCAGUACCCCAACGGCGCGACCGAGUCGGAGAUGGCUUACUAGGAUGGGUCGUCCGACAAAGGUUCGAACGAGCGCAGAGACUCGCUGUUCGGCUGUGACGAUGCUCGGCGUCUCAAGAGGUGUGCCGAAAGGCCUAGCUC